AGAGAACCGGAAAAGCGGCUCCGUGCGGCUCCAGAGGCCUUAAUUUGUGGCGGGAUGGCUCAGAAUGUAAGGAUUGCGGCCCUCACCGAUGAGUUGAUCCAGGCGAUUGUGGGAUUCAAUCCGGAGACGAACAAACGCGCCUACAAACAUGCAAGAGAUAUCGCCGCGAAGGGUCUCAGGGCUCACCAAUAUAAUCGGACGAAUCAAUUCGAGGUCCAACGCGCCUUCGAAGGCUUGGAUGAGAAGUUCAGAGUGCAGAAUAGAGACGAUCUCGCAAAUGCCUUGCGAAGCCGCUUAAACGAACUAAAAGGCGUUCGAAACAAAUGGAUUCCCGAAUACUUGUCUCUAUUGCUCCAGCUUGCCGACCGCCCAACGGAGAACUCGGAGGUGGCGGCUCUGGAACUGCUCAGGCCACCUACACCACCUCCGCCGUUGACCUGGGAGGAGAUUCUUCGUGAUGACUCUUACAGUGAUGAGGAGAUAUGGAGAGAUAUCGAUUAUGCGGCCGAAUCUUCCGAAGAGGAGGGCAUCAUCAAGAGGGUUGAGAAGAAGAAGAGGAAGGAGUCUCCUCCAUCUAGCAUAGACGAGGGGGAUGCCUAUUCGCUCGAUUCUUAUGUCAUUCCCAUUGAUCGACAGUUACUGGACGAUAUCACGAAAGCCCAGUAUUGGAAAGCACAACCGCAUGCGGAGACUGGAGAAAUUGAAAUAACAGAGCUUCAAGCUAUUCGGGAGACUCUUUUCAUGCUCGCUGGACUCCGGACUUCCUUAUAUGUCUCUGACACCUCACAUGGGAAUGUCCGCGUCAACCAGCGAUACACCUUCAGCCAUGCGAUACCAAAGACAAUAAAUCAUUUACUGGCCCAAUUUGCGACUAUUGGACGCGACCUGAACCGUCUACGGCAGUGGACAAGGCGUCCGUCCUCUCUACCUCUGGUACAGACCUUUGAAGCAGCAGUGAGGAGGCGGCUUACGGACUACGACCGGUCUCUAGCGUCGCUACAGCAAGAAUAUCUUACGCCCAAGGAAUCAAAAGCAGUGAGCCUGCUUGCUCUGCAUACAUCCAUACAAGAGCUAUCUGCCCCUCUCUUGCGGUUGUCCCAACUGGUUUCGGAUGUAGAACCUCAACUGCUCGUUAACCCCUUUGCACACUUGGAGACGCUUUUCCAGCAAAUUUCGCUGGCGCAGACGACGCUGGAAAUCAACAUAUUUGACUACUUCUCUGAUCUGUUCUUCGAGUGCCUACAAACCUACCUCAAGCCCAUCCGGAAGUGGAUGGAAGCUGGAGAGCUAGGCUCCAAUGACGAGACCUUCUUCGUAUUCGAAAAUGACUCUGGCAGCGAGUCUAGCUCCCUCUGGCACGACCGGUAUGUGCUUCGAAGAGGGAAGGGAAACGCUUUACGGUCGCCCGCAUUCCUGGAACCCGCCGCGAUGAAGAUCUUCAACAGCGGGAAGAGUGUCGUGUUUCUCAAGGAGCUGGGAAUCUACGACGACAUGACGCGUUCUGGGGAAGCAGAGCCUCGCUUAGAUCGCGUCACUGUAUGUAGAACUGCCGGCCUGCCGUUAUCGCCGUUUUCGGAGCUGUUCCAAGCGGCAUUUGACGGGUGGAUUAACAGCAAGUAUUCGCUGGCAUCGACGGUCCUACGCUCGUACCUGUUCGAACAGUGCGGGCUGCUACGUGUGCUGGAGAACUUUCACAUCAUCUACCUCGGCGUGAAUGGUGCUGUCUUCCAGGAUCUCGCCAAUGCCAUCUUCGAGCGAAUGGACUCGAAGAGGCGGGGCUGGAACGACCGGUUCCUCUUAACGGAAAUGGCACGCGGUGUUUUUGGGAGUGUGCUAGGCAGGGCAGCUACGGAUGGGAUCAUCGUUCGCUCGGUGCGUACGAGGACGCAGACACGGUCUGUCAAGGGGCUGGCCACGUUGUCAAUUGACUAUGCCCUCCCCUGGUCCAUCGCAAACAUCAUCCAACGCUCCUCCCUCCCCAUCUACCAACAAAUCCUAACCCUUCUCCUCCAAACGUACCGAGCCAAGUACCUCCUCCAAGCCCUCGACACCCGCGCCAUGGAUAAUCUCGACCCGAAACACAGAAACAAGAGCUUCCGCCUCCGCAACCAACUCCUCGUCUUCACCGACCUCUUGCGCUCCUACCUCACCGAAACCAUCAUCGCCCGGGGUCACGCGGAAAUGCUCGCCGCCAUGUCCAAAGCCGCGGAUAUCGACGAGAUGGCGGGGAUUCACGUCAAAUUCCUCGCAAGGCUGCAGGAGCAGGCGCUGCUGUCGGAGAAUCUCAAGAUGAUUCACGGAGCGGUGAUUUCGGUGCUGGAUCUCGCUGUGCUGUUUCACGAUGCACAUGAGAGAAGGACACGUGAGGGGGGGUUGGCGCUUAAGCAGAGUCAAGUACAUAAUGGGAAGAAGACGGUGAAAACGAAAACGAAACCGAAGCUGAAGAAGCGGAAAAGUAUCAUUCCCGCCCUCGUCGAAACGCUGGAUGACGACUCGCCGACGGAGGCUGAAGAGGUUGAAGAAUCGGAAGAUAGGCCCAGCAAUCCUAUGCCGUCGAAGCCGCCGAGCUUCGAAGGGGAUCUAUGCACGGUAGAUAAGGAGCUAGGGCGUCUUUUGCCCUUCCUGAGAGACGGGCUGCGGAAUAUUGGACGUGUGGGUGGGGAACCGGCGUGGGAGAUGUUGGCGGAGCGGUUGGAGUGGGGGAAUGGGAAGGCGGGAGAGGGGGCAUUGCCGUAG